AAAUUUGGUUCCGGCUGCGACCGCUCGAAGUCUUUACCCCGUCUCUUUGCACACGUUCAUGUCCAUCUCCCCCACCGACGACGCCCAUCGAUCUGCUUCUCCGUCGCGCGUGCCCCCCGAAAACCCUACCUCCUCCGACAAUGGCUUCCCUCCCGACCCUCGCCGCCGCCCUCCCCGGAUCGAAACGGAGGGCUUCUCCGCCGAUAAUCGCGGGGGGUCGGCCCGGAUCUCCGCCCCGGACGCGUCCAACGGCGCUCCUGUCGAGAGCUCCGAAUCAGCGGUUUCAGCAUUUGGAGAUUCCUGUGAUACAUCCAAUAAGGUGAUUGGAUUUAGAGUGCUGGAUACGAAAGAAGGUUCAUGUGGUCAAAAUGGUGGCACCAUUUUGGAAUGCCCGCCAGCUGGUAGAGAAGGGGCAACUUCUCAAUUUAGGUCUGAUCAAUUUGGACCUGCUCCAAUCAGUGGGAAGUCAUCUGGUUCUGAUCAUCUGGUUGCAGGUAUUGUUGGUAUGCAAGGUAGUUCUGCCCAUUCAGCUGCAAGAAGAAACCAGGUGGUGAAUGCUAAUCAUUUGCUAAAUUUCUACUAUGAUCCAAUUUCCCGCCCGCAGCCUCGACUUCCUCCUCCAAGAAGGCAACAAAAGAUAAAACCUUACAACAAAGACUUGUUUCUUCAAGCAAAUUACAAAUUUGUUGUGUUAGAUAUAGGAUGUUGUGAAGUUGAAUUGAUGGACCCAGAUAAAAUGCUUCGUUGGGAAGAUGUCAUUUGUGUAAGAUUCUCCACCCCCAUACCAGUACAAUGCCCGAUUUGCUUGGAAAGUCCCCUUUGCCCACAAAUAACAUCAUGUGGCCAUAUAUAUUGUUUUCCCUGCAUUCUGCGCUAUUUGCUGAUGGGAGAGGAGGAUCACAAAGGUGAAUGCUGGAAAAAAUGUCCCUUAUGCUUUAUGAUGAUAUCCACAAAAGAUUUGUAUACAAUCCUUGUUGAAAAUGUGAAACAGUUUCAAGUUGGUGAUCAUGCUAGUUUUACACUUUUAACUCGGCCAAAAGAUUCACUAGUUCCCACACUGAAAAAUCAGCAAGUAGAAGGUCCUAUGCCAUGCAGCAGCAAUGGCAUCUGUGACUCGUUUUCUAAGUUUGUUUUGACUUCGGAUGUGGAGUUGUCUGUGCGGGAAGCAAAAUCAGAUCUCAAUAAUUGGCUACAUAAAGCAGAUUGUGGUCUUGUUGAUGACUUGGAAAUCCUCCCUUAUGUCUGUGCAGCUUUGGAACAACUAGAGGACAGAAUGAAAAAUUGGAUGGAGCGUAUAACUUAUAGCGUCAGUCCUUCACUAAGGAACUCUGCCUCUCCUGCCAAUAAUCUGAAGAUUAGACAUAAUAAGACACAGCCUCAAGCAUUUAAUACAACUACAAGUUCUGAUAUUGCCAAGUCAGAUGCAUGGGAAUCAGCAGAUAGAAGUACCACUCUAAAACAUGAGAUAACCGACUCAUCUGGAAAAUUAGGUGCUGAUAGUUCUCCAGCCCUACUUGCUGCUGUACCUGAAGCAUUUGAAAAUUCUGAGAAAGUGAUGCUAUCAUAUACUGAAGGGAAAGUUUUACAUCAAACUUCGAGUAGCUGCAAGGAUGCAAAGCAAAAGGAGUCGUACACUUUCUAUCAGGCAAUUGAUGGUCAACACCUAAUUUUGCAUCCAUUAAACAUGAAGUGUCUUUUGCACCACUAUGGAAACUACAAUAUGCUUCCGCCAAGAAUCAGUGGAAAAAUUUUAGAGCUGGAGACAGUUACACAGACGGAAGCCAUGAGAAGGCGCUACCGUUACUUGAGUCACUUCUCUUUAACAACAACAUUCCAGCUCUGUGAAAUUGAUCUGAGUGACAUCCUGCCUCCCAGAUCUUUAGCACCAUUCAUGGAUGAAUUAAAGAAGCGUGAAAAACAGAGGAAGCGACUUGCUAGGAAGGAGCAAGAAGAUAGAGUGAGGGCUGAAGCUGCUGCCCAGCAUGCAAGUCUGAUAACACAUGAUCAGGGACAGUAUUCUCCGAAGGAUGUCACAUUCUCCUCAGAUGACUUUGAAGCAUUAGGAAGCUGCAGUGUACAAUCCAGUAGUCCUCCGGUCACCGGUGAAAGGAAACUCUUCUCAGAUGUGGCACGCCUUGGUUUUGCUGCUGCACAUGAUUCACCUUCUUUGAGAACUGAAGAACGGACUGAUUCGUCAGGAAAGAUGGAAAGGAUGCAUGAAUCUUCCAGUAUUCAAGGUCCUCGGACUGCUGCGACAUUGUCAUUUGCCAACAUCAUAUCCUCUGCCAGAGUCAUCGAGAGCCCUGAGGCUCAGAAGACGAAUGGAUUUGGAAAGAAAGGGAAGAAACCAACCAAAGUACUAUUGUCUAAUGCUGGUGGCCGCCGUUACUGAUUAGUUAGUAGAUGCAAAGCUCGUGUUGUAUAUUUCUAAAUAUUGAGGUGGUUGUGCGGUACAUGUAAAGUUACCCACUGAAGAUUGCGGUUCAUGAUAAGAAAUGUAUUGUGAUGUUGUUUUCUAAAAUUACUAGUUGGGGGGUCUGAUCUGCAUCCCUGAAGUUGGUUGUUACCCCUCUUGUUAUGGGCAGGUUCUAGUUCACCGGGCAGGAAUGGAUGAGUUGGCGACUUCUAAAGCUUAUGGUGCUUGGGUGUGCUGCUAUAAAUGUCAUGAUACAGCGGAGAUGGUCUGUUUCAACUAGGAUAUGGAUCUCAACUGUUCGUGUGCUAAACAUGCAUUUUAUAAUGGUACUUUACUCAAUGAUUAAUAAAAAUUUCUCAGAUACUCAA